AUGACAGUUAUUCGAACAAUUCGAUUCGCCGAACCAUUUCAGGCAUUGUUUCUCAUGAUUCAAGCAGAAAUCUGUCUACGCCUUUUAAAGAAUAAAGAAGAGAGCAGAAUCUUGCAGAAAAGUCCAGGUCGGAUUUGGAGAUGGGAUCCGAUUGCAGAAAACUUUGUUCCAUUGGAAGCAUUGAAAUCGAACAAUGGACUCGUGUGUAGCGUCGAUUUCGUCAAGGAUUUGACCACGAAAUCAAUCACGGUGGUUGCCGAUAAUAUGAAUCCGUACAUCAUAAUAAAUGCAAAUCAGAGCCAAGUAACAGGAUUCAUAGGGGACGUCUGGAUGACUUUGGAAGAAACCUUAAAAUUCACGACGAUUUACCGUAGAGCGGGAUCGUCGGCCGGCUGGACGCUGAUGAAUGGUCGAGCUCACGCACUCUUGGAAGCUACGGUGAUUUACUCCUACACCUCCGGUUAUUACACUUACACUGUUCCGAUCACGACCAACUAUUAUGCUCUAUUCGUGCAAUCCGAAGGUACAAGAGUUUCAACGUGGUGGUAUGCUAGUAUUUUCAGUCGGAAUCUAUGGAGAGUAACGGGAUUAUUUAUUGUUUGUAUCGUAUUCAUCAUUAUGGGAAUUAAUGCAUUAAGAAAAACCAUCUGUAAAUUUGACAUCGAAUGCGACGACGAACUCUCGUCUCUUUCAUUCGUCUUCCUUUACGUUUUAAGUGGCAUAAGUGGUCAAGGUUGCCAGAAAAUUCCGUCGAGCUGGUCGUUACGUUUGACGAUCCUCUCAUUUUUGUUUAUGGGAAUGUCACUAUUUUGUGGGUUUAGUAGUACCCUAACUUCGUAUUUAACGAUCGGGAUAACGUCAGUACCUCUUACUAGUUUAAAAGAUGUUGCCGAAAAACGUACUCAUUCUUUAUGUGUGAGAAACAAUAGCGGUGCAUACAUUCACUUCACAGUGAACGGAUUAAGAGAAGAGGAUUUAAUGCCGGAAUGGAAGGAUCUAGUGAAUAAGAAUUGUCCUGAUACCAUGAAUAUGCUUACUAUCGGCUCAAACCUUUGUAACCCUGGUUUUGUUUAUUUAGAAGGGCCAGACAUUUUUCUAUCGAUUUAUCAACAAGUAUUAAACCAAUGUCACUACGUGCAAUUACCUCAACCAUAUUGGAUCUUGAAAUUAGCUUUUCAACAUGCCAGGUCCUCGAAAUAUAGAAAGAUCAUCGAUCUAUAG